AUGGCUCCUUCUGUAGCCCGAUUCCUCCUCUUGGGCGCUGCCUCAGCGUCUCUCACUGUCGCCGAUGCCGCCGGCCACCCAUUCCGCAGAGGUCGUGUGGCUGCAGCAGCCGUUCCCGAGCAAAACCUCAUUGCGAAGCGAGACGUGACCGUCACCGACUGCGCUACUCAGCUCUCGUAUGUCGUCUCGGAAUUCGCCUCUUACACCUCCUCCGUUGAAGCAGAAGCCACAUCCUCGGCCUACAUUUCCUCGAUCCUCUCCGAGUCUUCUGUCUCUCUGUCGAUGGCGAGCGAGAGCUUCUAUUCUUUCUCCUCGGCCGUAGUCAGUUCUUUCGUUCCGACCAGCACAGUCACGGAAUACAUCACCAGUUCUGAUGCCUCCGCGAUCGCCGAGGAAACUUCCAGCUUCACCUUCACCUACUUCGAGCCCUCUGCUGUGCUCAGCUCGGCCGAAAGCGUUAUAACAUCUGCCCCGAGCACCGAGGCUGCUACGACAACACUUGCCUUCAAUCAAUCAUCGACCUUCAUCUCCGAGACGUCGGAGCUCCCCUCUGCCUCAGUUUCCGCGAUAUUUGCCAAUUCCAGUGCCGAGCAGUUCACAGUUUCCUCGACUGCAAGUUUCUCUUCGGAAACAACUGCUGAGCCAAUCUUCACCACCUCCGAUGUCCCAACUUCCUCUACUUCCGGCUUCUUCGCCAAUUCAACUUUCGCAUCCUCGACUUUCUCCAGCGCGAGUGCAUCGGAGACCGUCUUUGAGCCAACCAGCACUGGAUUUGCAAACUUCACAAUCGCCCCGGAACCCACCUCCUCAGCGCUCGAUCCCGAAAUCACUUCGAUCUUUUCUUCGGAGGUUCUGAUCGUGAGCUCGACUGAGUCUUCUGAACUCGAAAGCUCUACUUUUGCUCCUCAGCUCACUUCGUCGGCCAUCACGAAUUCUACUGUUGCCCCAGUAGUCUCGACUACCAUCGUCCCUGAAUUCAGCUCCACCCUAGCAACUGAGACAGCUCUCUUCACUUCGAGCGCCCCUUUCCUUAACUCGUCGACAGCCAUUGCCCCAGUAGUCUCGACUACUAUCGUCCCUGAAUUCAGCUCCACCCUAGCAACUGAGACAGCUCUCUUCACUUCGAGCGCCCCUUUCCUUAACUCGUCGACAGCGUCUACCGAUUUCUCAACUUCUUCCCUCGCUCAGACGAUCCCAUUAUCCACAGCACCGUUAACCGAGACUUUGACCAGUUCUAUCCCCGCUUUCGAAACCUCAUCGAUAGCCGGCGAGGCAACUUCGAGCUUGACUUCGCUCACAUCGUCACCUACCGCUAUAGGCGCAAUCAACUCGAGCACGCUCAGCACCAGUACAGGAAGGACAUCGAGCACGGCCACCAUCUCCUUCCCACUACCUGCCACCACCCUUACCCAAAUCCGAAACGGUGGCUUCGAGUCUCUACCAUUCGAAGAUUACUGGACAGCAAGUUCGGACCCAUUCAGCCCUGUAUCGCUUGAAAUCAGAGAUUCAUCAGCCACAGGAAUUGGCUCAUAUGGCGCCAGGUAUCUCGAGAUAGUUGUUGCGGAUGGCGCUGCAGCCAAGUUCCGCCAGAGCAUCGUCGUGAACCCCAGAUCCAGAUACAGCAUUUCCGGCUACGGCCAGCUCGCCAUUAGAAAACCGAGGAACGCCGGCCCUUGUACCCUUCAGAUUUGCGACGACGUGAGCAGUACUUGCAGCCGUAUCGCCGGCAUGAACGCCAACGGCUACACCUUUGUCAAUAGGUCGUUCACGACCAGGGCCCGCCAGACGACCAUUGAGUUUGAGGUCACGGUGACUUGCCCGUUCAUGAGACCAGGACACGAGAACGAGAUAUACCUGGAUCAGUUCAGGCUCGUUUCUAUCUAG